GCCGCUGCCAAGCAAGCAAGGCGCGCACUCAGAGAAGGUACACCAAAACUAAUCUGACCCACAAGUGUUGUGCAAAGAACCCUCCUGAGCGAGCGAGAGCCGGGGGAUGGGCACGGAAAAGUGAAACAGGCGAACUGGCUGUCACUGCCAACGAGCAAGACAUCAGAUGCACUGACACACGAGAAUAAGUUCUGUCGCCUACUUGUUUGCCAAAGCCACACCUCCCUAUAUGACUGAUGUCUGGCAGUUCAGUUGCGUGCGGUGUCUUUGUUGUUCUUACCCCCACAAAGUGCAAUCAUUGCGCCUUGCGUGCAUUCCUCCAAGUAGAUGGUAGGAAAAACCAACAAGGAUUUGAGGAGCAGGAUCAGGAAGCACAUGUCCUUGAAGCGCCUCCUCUACCUGUGUCACCUCAGAUAUUCAGACAGGAGUCUUCAGCAGAAGCAGGCUGCAAGGUUACAAAGAAGACAAAAGGGACAGCCAAAGCAGUGGCGAGGAUUGUGGAUGAGAAGAAGCGCUUCAAAAUCAAGUGGCGUGGUUAUCAGGCGCAAAUUGUCAAGAGCGUCCCGCGUGCGAAGGAAAUAGCGACGAAGUGCUUCCAACUUGCGCGGCAAGGACGGCGGAAGAAGGCUGUGGAAAAAUUGAAGGAAAGGCUGAAGGCGAGCUAGUGAACUCUGAAGGCGGUUGUAGAAGGCAACCAUUGCAAAUGCAAUGUGCCCAAAGGGCACUCUUGGCUGAGCGAAGCCUAUGUGCUUUUGCAGUGGCUUUACAGACCUGAAAGGGUUCUGUUGUGCGCAACGGCCAAAGGCUGGCAAAUAA